UUGGAUUCACUUACCCAGGGGGAGGUUCCUGCCUGACCAUGGGAAAGAGAGCAGCCCAGGAGCAGGAAAGAGAGCAGAUACAGAAAACUCCAACCAUAGAGAAAUCUGUGUGACUGCUGCCACCUGGUGGCUGAUUUGGGAAGGACCUGAUAUUUGGUUCAGAGAAGCAACAGAACUGAGCCCAAUCUGUUACACCCCCAAGUACAGGGGUCGGUACAUCAGUGCAGAUCACCCCCCUCUUCCUCUGCAUCACUCUCUCUGCCCCCAACUGCCCCAGCGGCACAGAGCUGCCCACUUGCUCUCAUUAUGGAUUCCUUGACCCUGAGGCUGCACAGCAAAGCAGUAAAGAGAGGGGGGGGGCCCAAGACCCAAAUGCCUGAAACCUGAACUACACAGACUCUCAGUACAGUCAUAUCUACUGCACCAAUCAGUAUGGCCCCUCCCACCCAUAUAUAUAAAUAUACCCCGUUGCCCAGUUUGGUGCCACCGACACACCCUGUAGGAAAUGGUGAGAUAAGAUUUACCAACUCCUCUUCCUCACAGCAGUUCAGACUCACUUUCCUCCCCUACUUGGACUUAUACAGACCCAGUGCCCAGAGGGACCUGCCGAUAUCGGAACUGUCUCACAAGCUGUCGGUUCCCUGUCUCUCCCUAUAAGGAGUCGCUUGGAGAUGUUGAACGAGUCGGGGGGGAACCCCACGUGCCAAGCCUACGCGCACCCCCACUUCUUCCACAUCAUCCUCAGCUUCAUCUUCUCCGUUGGGUUCCUGCUGAACUGCCUGAGCCUGUGGGUGUUCUGGUUCCGGAUCAAACCAUGGAACCCGUCCAUCGUCCUCCAGUUCAACUUGGCCAUUUCCGACGCCGUCAUCUCCCCGGUGGCCCCCCUGUUGGUUCUGUACAUGCGGAGCGACCGCUGGGGCUUCGGGACCCCCCUGUGUAAGGUGACGGUGUUCCUGCUCAGCACCCACAUGUACGGGGGGGUCUAUCUCCUCACCCUCAUCGCUCUACACCGUUACUUCACCGUCGUCCAUCACCGCAGGAGACACGUGUGGGGCAGAAAGUCCUUCGUCACCAAACUCUGCCUCGUGGCCUGGGGCCUCCUCUUCCUCCAGGGGCUUCCGUUCUUCUUCGUCCUACAGACGUCCAACGUCACCGGGGCCACCAAGUGUCUCAGUAUCCACCAAGCGGAACACGUGGUUCUGUACUUUAUCUGGAACUGGCUGAUAACCAUUCUGGGCCUGCUGGUUCCGUUCAUGGUGACGCUGGUGUGUUACGGCCUCCUGGGCCGGUUCUUCCUCGCUGCCAACGCCACCAAACCCCUCACUCGGGCCAUGAUCUCCAAGUCCAUCCUGACCAUCGGGGUCUCUCUGGCCAUAUUUGCCCUCUGUUACAUCCCCGUCCACCUAACAAGAGCGGUGCUGGUCACUGCCAAGCUAUUUGCCCCAGGCUAUUGCCCCCUGCUGGAAAGAACAGAACAAGCCUAUGGCUUCACGUGGCUUCUCUCCACCACCAACAGCUGCAUGGACCCCAUUCUUUACUGCUUUGCCUCCAAGCGAUUCAGGAGAAUAAUCAACAAGUGGAUCUGCUCUCUCCCCUGUGCAAAGAAGGAUUGGCCAAUCACAGAGGGUUCUGGGGCUCAGCAGGAAGGCUCGGCAUUGGGCAGCCAAGGGAGGAGAACACCAAUGACAAACACAAUUGAUGAAGAUCAAAUAAAGGAUUAA